GGUUAAUGACGUUUUGAAAAGGUUCCCCAUAUAUACAUACUAGUGUCAGGGCCCCCGUUCCCGUUACUUUACACCCUUUUAACUCGAUCAUCAGAGCAUAUGAAGAACACGGAGCUCAUCCUUUAACACACGCUGACUGACAGAGACAUGCAGUGGUGACCCCCUGCGUGGCUGGGUUACAUAUCCCCUAUUUGUGAUAAGCUUUGAGGUAAAGAACAGAAAGAACAGGACAGAGGGCAAGGAGACGCGCUAACUUCGAUCCUUCUACAAUGACGGCUAAAACUCUGGAGAAAGUGCCGGUGAAUCUCGGAGGGUUCGCGCAUGCCGAGAGCGUCUACUCCAUGGAUGACAUUGCUACCAGUUUGCCGACCUCUGUGGCGAUCUUCCCCAACAACGACUUGGGCGCGCAUUACGACCAGAUUAAUGUGGCAGCAGAUGGCUUGAUGGGCGCAGACAUGAGUGCAGAAAAACGCUCCUUGGACCUCUCUUCAUAUUCCAGCAGCUUCUCGCAGCCUGCAGCCCAUCGCAACCAGACCUUCACCUACAUGGGGAAGUUCUCCAUCGACUCUCAAUAUCCAGGUAACUGGAACCCCGAGGGAGUGAUCAACAUCGUCUCGGGGAUCUUCAACGUGGCCCAGCCACCUCCUCCUCCUCCUCCUCCCUGCUCUUCAGCGUCCUCCUCCCCGGCUUCUUCAGGAUCUCCCAAUCACUUCUCCAGUGGUAAUUUGAGUUGCACCAUGGCGGCUCAGAGCCAGGCAGAGCUAGAGCACCACCACCACUUGUACUCACCCCCGCCUCCUUACUCCACCUCCGGCUGUGGGGAGGUAUACCAGGACCCCUCUGCAUUUUUGUCCACCUCUACCUGCCCCAUCGCCUCUUACCCUCCACCCUCCUACUCGUCACCCAAGCAGCCCGGAAGCUCAGACGCACCAGGGCUUUUCCCCAUCAUCCCCGACUAUUCGGGCUUCUUCCAGCCGACUUGCCAGCGGGACAUGCACACGGCAGGCAUCCAGGAUCGGAAACCGUUUGGCUCUUGUCCUCUUGAUACCUUCCGUGUCCCUCCACCUCUGACCCCCCUGAACACUAUCAGGAACUUUACUCUGGGGGCUCCGGGUAGUGGUGCCUCCGAGGGAGGGGCGCCGCGGCUCCCCUCUGCGUACAGCCCACAGAAUCUGCCCCUGCGGCCAAUCCUGCGACCCAGAAAGUACCCGAACAGACCCAGCAAGACACCAAUCCAUGAGCGGCCGUACCCCUGUCCAGCGGAGGGCUGCGACCGGCGUUUCUCGCGAUCGGAUGAACUGACCAGACACAUCCGCAUCCACACUGGACACAAGCCCUUCCAGUGUCGGAUCUGCAUGCGUAACUUCAGCCGCAGCGACCACCUCACCACUCACAUCCGUACGCACACGGGAGAGAAGCCGUUCGCCUGCGACUUCUGCGGCCGCAAGUUUGCUCGGAGCGACGAGAGAAAGAGACAUACAAAAAUUCACCUGAGACAGAAAGAGAGGAAGUCCUCCACUGUCUCCUCUUCCUCCUCUUCCUCAUCCAGCAGCUCCGGACUGGACCGGUUAUCAGGCGGCAUCAGCGCAGCCAACGGGAUCUGUUCGUAGGUUUCCGUGGAAAGCUUUGCUGUCACCGAGGCAGUGUGAACUAAAACUAAACUAAGAAGAAAA